UUUCUUUGUAAAAGAAAAGAUAAAAAUAAAAUAUAAAGAAAAACGGGGGGAAGAGAAAUAAUCAGAAGAAGGAGGAGAAGUGGAUGGAGCUCCCCUUCGUUUGCUCCUCGUCGGAUGCGGCGCCGCACCUUUGGCCGAUGCUGGGAGUCGGUCGGGCGUGAGUGAAGUGGAGGAUUUCAAAACAAGUCGGGAAGUGUCUCAUUUUCAUCCGCGAGGAUUUCACUCGCCCCUCCAAAGCCGCUCGUGAAACUUGGGUCCGACCAUGGCGCGUCGUCAAGACUGAACCCAGAAAGAAAGAAGAGAAAAGAUUUCGCUGAGAACGCCAUCGAGGUGAGCGUCAUGGCCAUCAACACGGACACCGACUUCCUCAAGUCCCACCUGGGCGAGUGCGGCGGAGGCGGAGGCGGAGGCGGGGGCGGCGGCGGCGGCGGCGCCCCGCUGGCUGACUUCCAGGAGACCGAGAAGCUGCUGGCCGUCACCGGCGAGCCGGCGGGACGCGGCCUCAAGAUGUCCUCGUCCUUCUCCGUCAACACGGACCACAAGCAGGGCAAAGGACCCGAGGCGGACCGCAACGGCCACGGGGUGAGCGUCAGGUCGGGCUCCGCGGGGCAGCUGUCCGCCGCCGCCCCCCUCUCCCCGUCCAAAGUCAGCCUGAGCCGCUCGUCCACGGGCAACGCCGCCGUGCCGGAGAGCCCCGAACCCCGAGACUACCUGAUCCUGGUCAUCGUCUCCUGCUUCUUCCCCGUCUGGCCCGUCAGCAUCGUGGCCCUCGUCUAUUCCAUCAUGUCCAGAAACAGCCUCCAGGCGGGGGACGUGGACGGCGCCAGGAGACUCGGCCGACUCGCCCGUCUGCUCAGCAUCGUCUCCAUCGUGCUGGGCGUGGUCGCCAUCAUCGUCUUCGUCUCGCUUUCAGCAAUCAACUGACAAGGAAGACCUGAUGGGGGGGAAAAAAAAGAUACAAAAGAGCCGUGACGGCAAUACCACCGAUGCAACAACAGAUAGAAAAAGUCCCAUUCCCAAAAAAAUAUACAUAAUAAUGAUGAUGAUGAUCCUCUUUUACUUCCACCGCUACUGUAAUUACGACAUCGUGACCUUCGACUCGCGACGGCGGAAAGAAACCUGAUGAUGCAUGCAUGAGACUCCACUAACAGGUCUGCUCCACCCAAAAAAAUGAAGAAUGAUAAAAAAAAAAAAAAAACGAAAGAAGAAGAAGGAAAAAAAAAACAGCCAAAGAGAAAGAAGAUUUCGAGAAAUAUGGAUUUGUAAGUGUGUUGGGAGGAACGGAUGAGCGAGCGCUGAAGACUUUUUCUAUGGAUCGAUGUGCGACGGGACGCUCGACGACUUUUUUCCUCUUUGGACGGCGGCCAUAUUAAUCCCUCAUAUAUUCCUGCUGCGUCGGAAGCCGCUCGAGUGGGGACGACGGACAUUUUGCGACCCGUUUGUGACGGAAGAAUCAGAUGAAUUCAGGACGGGACGUAUUUCUUUUUUUUUUUUUUUUUUUUUAAUAAACACUGGAAGUAAUUGCAUGCCUGAGUGAAGAUGUGGAAAAUUCUAAAAGUCCAAAACAAUGAACGGUAAACGUGAACACAAGCAAGAGUCUCGAGACCCGUCCACCGUAAUAUUUCCAAAAUAUUAUCCAAAUAUGACAUUAUGGGUUAUUAUGUCGCUUUGUACCGGUAAAUACACAAAUGCACCAACUUCUGAUCCUCUCUGACACAGUGGUUGCACCUCUUUGGAUUUAUUAUUAUUAUUAUUAUUGCUUUAUUUCUUCACCUUGUGCCCUUAAUCGGUUUACAAACUUUCUACUUUAUAUCGUCACUGGUGCGUUGUCAUGUUGUUGCAAUGAAUGUGUUUUUCUGCUCCUCGGUAUAGCUAUUAAAUGUAUUUAUAUAUACAUAUAUAUGCAAUAUUUACGCAUGUUUGUAUGUAUUUUUGUAAGCGAGUCGAUGAAUCGUUUUAUUUUAGCGUUUCCAAAUCGAAAUUUACCAGUGAAGGUGGGGUCCUGACGCAAAAUUGAGCACGCAAACGUUUUUUUCCACUCACAUGCUCCGCGGGGAGGCACCACGGUGGGUGGGCUCAGUUAGUAAAGCGUCGGCCUUGACGUUCUGAGGACCCGGGUUCGAUCCCGGCCCUGCCUGUGUGGAGUUUGCGUGUUCUCCCCGUGCCUGCGUGGCUUUUCUCCGGGCUCUCCGGUUUCCCUCCCACAUCCCGAAAACAUGCAAAAUUAAUUGGACACGCUAAAUUGCCCGUAGGUGUGAUUGUGAGUUGCGUCUGUUUGUCUCCAUGUGCCCUGCGAUUGGCCGGCGACCGGUUCAGGGUGCACCCCGCCUCCUGCCCGUUGACAGCUGGGACAGGCUCCGGCGCUCCCCGCGACCCUCGUGAGGAUAAUCGGCUGAGAAAAUGGAUGGAUGGAUUCUCCGUGGGGAUAAUAACACCAGAUGCUCACAAAUCAUAUUAAUAAAACUAUGCAAUGAAUUCCAGAGAAACAAUAAACAACGCCGACCCUGCCGAGUCCAACAUGUUCACUCACUGGCUGCAUUAGCACUUAGCACGUCAUAUUUUUCAUCAAACGUACAUAAUCCAAAGAUUGUCUUUAUUCAGCAUCAAUUCACAACUCGUUAACAUCGGAACUAAAAGCAUUUAUCGAAAUUACGCGGAAUUUCUUAGGAUGAAUUAUUUCUUUUGUACGUGUUACUAUCUUGGUGUAACCAAUGUCUGCAAUUUCAUCUUUGUGGUGUACAAUUUGCAUGUUUGGAAUAAAUGUUACCGUGC